AUGUCCGACUUUGAAGACGAAAUGGAUGUCGACUUGGCGCCCGCCCAGAACAACGCCGCUCUCUUUUCCGCCGACGCCAGCAAAGGCAAGCGAAGCACAGCAAACCUGCCCGUCGAGGCUGAAGACACACUGCCAUGGAUCGAAAAGUACAGACCCGUCUCCCUCGACGACGUCGAGGGCCACCAAGACAUCCUCGCCACCAUUAACAAGUUUGUCGACUCCAACCGCCUUCCGCACCUACUCCUAUACGGCCCGCCCGGCACCGGCAAGACGUCCACCAUUCUCGCCCUCGCGCGGCGCAUCUACGGCGCGGCCCAGGCGCGCCAGAUGGUGCUCGAGCUCAACGCCUCCGACGACCGCGGCAUCGACGUGGUGCGCGAGCAGAUCAAGACGUUUGCGAGCACUAAGCAAAUCUUCAACAUGGGCGGCGCGGCGGCGGCCGCCGGCCGGUCCUCCGCCAUGGCGGGGUAUAAACUGAUUAUCCUUGACGAGGCCGACGCCAUGACGAACACGGCGCAGAUGGCGCUGCGCAGAAUCAUGGAAAAGUACACGGCGAACACGCGGUUUUGCAUUAUUGCCAACUACGCGCACAAGCUGAGCCCCGCGCUGCUGAGUCGCUGCACGCGCUUCCGCUUCAGCCCGCUCAAGGAGGCCGAUAUCAGGCAGCUCGUCGUCAAGGUUGUGGACGAGGAGGGCGUGCGGAUUGGCGCAGAGGCCGUCGACGCGCUUGUCAAGCUGAGCAAGGGCGACAUGCGACGCGCCCUCAACGUCCUGCAAGCAUGCCAUGCCUCUAGUAAGCUCCUCGCCGUUUCCCCUCUGCUAGACAUUUUUUUUUUCUUCUUCCUGCUAACCUCGGAAAAAUUUGCAGGCACGCCGUUGAGAGCGCCCGGCGCGCCCAAGGUCCCCGACAGCGAGCUCCAGCGCGAGACCAUCACGACCGAGACCAUUUACACGUGCAUCGCCGCGCCCGCGCCCGAGGCCAUCCAGCAGAUCAUGUCCACGCUGCUCGGCACCGCCGACGUCGCGAGCUGCCUCGGCACCGUCAACUCGAUCAAGCGCCUCCAGGGGCUCGCGCUCGCCGACGUCAUCACGGCACUCGCCGAGGAGCUCGGCAAGCUCGACGUACCCCCCGCCGUCAUGAUUACCUGGCUCGACGGGCUGGCCGAGAUUGAGCACCGCGUCGCCGGCGGCGGCAGCGAGGUGUUGCAGACGGGCGCCGUCGUCGGCGUGGUGCGGAACGGCGUCGAGUUGAUGAGCAGGUAA